UCCAGCCGAAUUCUCUGGCUUCAGUACGCGUGCGCCCGGUCAGCUGCGGGGCGAGCGCGAGCUUGGGCUCGCACCCUGCUUCCCCUAACCCCGCCCGCUCUUUCCCUCGCCGCGGCCGCCGGCUCGGUGGGCUCGAGGGGAGACGCACGCACGCGCACAGGACUAGGCGACGAGCUCUCGAGACACCGAGGAGGGGAGUGAGCGGCGUCGGAGGAGGCGUUAGAGGAGGAGAUUGCUAUGGGAAUAUAUGACCACAUAAAAGGAAGUGUAUUCUGAGAAUUCUGAUUCCUGAGAUGUAAGUGGACUGACUGAAGAGUGAAACAGGAAAAAAGUUCAGUGCCAACCUUAGUUAUAAUGGCUACUGAUUCUGGGGAGCCAACUAGCACAGAAGAUUCUGAGAAACCUGAUGGGGUUUCCUUUGAAAACAGGGUUGCUCAGAUUGCUGCACCUCUGAUUGUAGAAGCUAAAAUGAAGGAAAAAACAAGCACCUUCUCUGCUGCUGGGGAAACCAUUGAAAGAAAGAGAUUUUUCCGAAAGAGCGUUGAGAUGACUGAAGAUGACAAAGUUGCUGAAUCUUCCCCUAGAGAUGAAAGAAUAAAGGCUGCAACAAACAUUUCAAGAGUAGAUAAGCUUCCUACCAAUGUGCUGAGAGGUGGACAAGAAGUUAAAUAUGAGCAGUGUUCAAAAGCAACCUCAGAAUCCUCAAAAGAUUGCAUCAAGGACAAAAAUGAAAAGGAAAUGGAAGAAGAAGCAGAAAUGAAGGCUGUAGCAACUUCCCCUAGUGGCAGGUUCCUGAAAUUUGAUAUAGAGCUGGGAAGAGGAGCAUUUAAGACAGUAUAUAAAGGACUGGACACUGAAACGUGGGUUGAAGUUGCUUGGUGUGAACUACAGAGGUACUUAAAACGAUUUAAAGUCAUGAAGCCAAAGGUCUUAAGAAGUUGGUGCAGACAAAUUUUAAAAGGAUUGCAGUUCUUGCACACAAGGACCCCUCCUAUUAUUCACCGGGAUCUGAAGUGUGACAACAUUUUUAUCACAGGACCCACUGGAUCUGUGAAGAUUGGUGAUCUGGGACUUGCAACCUUAAUGCGCACAUCAUUUGCCAAGAGUGUCAUUGGCACUCCUGAGUUUAUGGCUCCAGAGAUGUAUGAAGAACACUAUGAUGAAUCUGUAGAUGUUUAUGCUUUUGGGAUGUGUAUGUUGGAAAUGGCUACUUCAGAGUAUCCAUAUUCCGAGUGCCAGAAUGCAGCUCAAAUAUACCGUAAAGUAACCAGUGGCAUAAAACCAGCCAGCUUCAAUAAAGUCACAGACCCUGAAGUAAAAGAAAUAAUUGAAGGAUGUAUUCGACAAAACAAAUCUGAAAGGCUAUCUAUCAAGGACCUACUAAAUCAUGCGUUCUUUGCUGAGGAUACUGGACUGAGGGUGGAGUUAGCAGAGGAAGAUGAUUGUUCAAAUUCAUCCCUGGCCCUAAGACUCUGGGUUGAAGAUCCUAAAAAAUUAAAAGGCAAACAUAAAGACAAUGAAGCUAUUGAAUUCAGUUUCAAUUUAGAAACAGACACACCAGAGGAAGUAGCAUAUGAAAUGGUCAAGUCUGGAUUCUUCCAUGAAAGUGAUUCUAAAGCUGUUGCUAAGUCCAUUAGGGACCGCGUGACACUGAUAAAAAAGAUAAGGGAAAAGAAGCCUGCUGGAUGCUUGGAGGAAUGCAGGGAUUCCCAGUGCAAGUAUAUGGGCAAUGUAUUUCCUCAGCAGCAGACCACAACUUUACCACCUGCUCCUGGUACACAGACUGUGGCUGAAUGUGAAGAAACAGAAGUUGAUCAGCAUGUUCGACAGCAAAAUCUACAGGGAAAACCACAGCAGCAGUGCUCCUCUGUAAGAGGUGAUACUUCAUCUGAGGCAGCAGCUGGACCAGUUCUACAUUCAGAUACUUCAAGUCUUCCCACUGUAGCCUAUUCUUCAAACCAGACAACUAACUCUCAGUUGCAAGAGCAGCCAAAGCUGACUGAGUCCCCAGUUUUGCCUGUGGUACAAGGUCAGUCUUCUGUUAUGCCCAUAUAUGCCGUUGGACAUGCAGUUGUUUCACAGUCUCAAAUUUCUCCAUUAACUAUCCAGAAGAUCUCACAGAUAAAGCCUGUGUCCCAACCAGUAGGAGGUGAACAACAAGCAGCUCUUCAAAAUCCAGAUUUUGUUCGAAGCUUGAAUCAAGAUGUGACAACUAUGAAAGAAAACACUAAUAACCCUGAUAACCCAAAUGGAAAUGGCAAACAGGAUCGGAUCAAACAGAGAAGAGCCUCCUGUCCCCGACCAGAGAAGGGGACUAAAUUUCAGCUUAUUGUCCUUCAGGUAUCAGUCUCUGGAGAUAACAUGGUGGAGUGUCAACUAGAAACACACAACAACAAGAUGGUCACUUUCAAGUUUGAUGUCGAUGGUGAUGCACCUGAAGAUAUUGCAGACUAUAUGGUUGAAGAUAACUUUGUGCUGGAAAAUGAGAAAGAAAAAUUUGUAGAAGAAUUGAGGGCUAUUGUCGGUCAAGCCCAGGAGAUCCUUCAUGUCCACUCAGCUGCAGAAAAAUCUAUUGGUGUUGACUCUGUUGCCUUGGAAUCCAAUAGUAACCAAACAGGAUCAUCUGAACAAGUACUGAUAAAUUCUGCAUCCACUCAAACCAGCAAUGAAUCAGUUCCUCAGUCAUCCCCAGUUGGUCGGUGGCGGUUUUGUAUCAACCAAACUAUAAAACAUCGUGAGGCACAGUCUCCUCCUUCCCUUCAGCCUUCUGUGGCUACAGUUCCUGGGUUACAUCCAUUUUCUAGUUCAAGAAACACAAGUAAUCAGGAUAUAUCACAGGACACAUUGUUCACUAUAGAGAAUAAUCCAGGCCAGCAUGUAAUUUUCACCUCUAAAUCAGAACACAAGGAUGUGGUUGAUGGUAAUAUCUCUGAAUGUGCUAGUGGAGAAACUGAGCAGCCAACUAUUCACUAUCAAGUGGAAGAUGACAGACAGAUAAGGGCACCAGCUAUUGAUCAUUCCAAUGAUUCUGCUACUUUGGUAUGUCCAGUUUCAGUUGAAUGUGAGGCACUCACCAGCCAAGCAGGCAUGUUCAUGCCUACCCAUCCAUGUCAGCAAGCUGCUGUUCUGGCUGAUGUGCUUCUGGCCCAUCCUGGUGAAUCGGUUCAGAUUGGUGAUAAUGUUGUUCUAACUUCAGCAUUUGUAUCUUCUGAUCAAAAGCCUCAACCAACUAUAGAUGCAGAGUUCAUUUCACAAGAAGUAGAAACCACAGUGAACACUGAAACAAGUUCUCCUAAGGCAGUCCUUGCCACUCAGACUCCUGGCUUUGAACCAGCUACACAUCUUCCUGCUACUGUCCUGGAAUCAGAUGGGGAACGACCUCCAAAAAUGGAGUUUGCAGACAACCGAAUUAAAACGCUGGAUGAAAAAUUAAGAAACCUGCUCUAUCAGGAGCACAGCAUUUCUAGCAUUUAUCCUGAGAGUCAGAAGGAUACUCAAAGCAUAGACUCUCCAUUUUCUUCCUCUGCUGAAGAUAUACUAUCCUAUUCAAUGCCAGAAAUCAUAGCUGUCAGUCACUGUGGGAUUCAAGAUAGUCCCACACAAUCUCCGAAUUUCCAACAGACAGGCUCUAAGAUUCCGUCCAAUGCAGCUGCAAGUCAGCCUGCUAAUGUAUCAGUGUUCAAAAGAGACUUGAAUGUGAUAACUUCUGUACCCAGCGAGUUAUGUUUACAUGAGAUGUCCUCAGAUGCUUCACUUCCAGGGGAUCCAGAGGCCUAUCCUGCUGCUGUGUCAAGCGAUGGAACCAUUCAUCUGCAGACAGGAGUGGAAACAGAAGAUAAAAGAUCAGCAAUUGCUUCUGAUCCCAUUCCUCUGCCACGAGCAUUCUCAGCUGAUACUAGGGCUUUGAGCAGAUGCAAAGCAAUGGGUGGAUCAUUUCAGCGGGGCCGUUUCCAGGUGAUUACAGUUCCUCAGCAGCAGUCAGUGAAAAUGAUGUCUUUUGGAAAAGAACACAGACCUCCAUUCAAGAAAACAACAGUCCAGUACAGUGAACAAGCAGCAGCCUUUGCUGAAACUGCAGUAUCUCAGUUGAUCGAAGUGGAACCUGCCAUGCCCACUCCUAAAGCGUCAGAUUCUUCACGAAAGUUACGAACUCUUUGUGAAACUUUUAAAGAAGAUAAAAGAGAGCCUGAACAAGGUGACAUCUUCUCAUCUUUCAGCACAGCUUGUGAAACCAGUGUGUCUUCAGUGACUACAGAAAAGAACUUGGAAGAAACUUCAACUACAGGAAUCAGUGUGCAUUCUGGGUCUGAACCGUUAGAUAAAGAAACAGAGGAAUUGACUCCUGGGAAACAGCCAUAUGAAUUUUCGGCCCCUCUUGCUGGUAAUGGAAAGUCAGUGGCAAAAUCUGGUUCAAAGAGUGAUAAGUAUUUACCACUCAGUAAAGAGCAAGCCUAUGUUCAAACACAGAGUUCACUCUUCUAUUCUCCAUCUUCACCAAUGAGCAGUGAUGAUGAAUCAGAAAUUGAGGACGAGGACUUGAAAGUAGAGCUUCAAAGAUUACGAGAAAAACACAUUCAGGAGGUGGUCAAUCUUCAAACACAGCAGAAUAAAGAGCUGCAGGAGCUCUAUCAACGCCUUCGAGCAACUAAAGAUAGCAAAGUGCAAUCUUCAGAGAUUCCUUCAUCACCUGCUUCACCACGUCGGCCAAGAUCUUUCAAAAGUAAACUCCGAAGCCGCCCUCAAUCUUUGACACAUUCAGACAAUGUCAUUGUUGUAAAAGAUGCUCUGUGUGUGGAGAGUAAUACAGCAUCACGCCAACAAUCUUCAGCCAGUAAAAAGGGGAUGUUCACAGAUGAUUUACACAAGUUGGUGGAUGAUUGGACAAAGGAAACAGUAGGAAAUUUUCCUAGUAAGCCAAGUUUAAACCAACUCAAACAGAGCCAACAAAAAUUAGAGACAGAAAACUGGAACAAAGUAUAUGAAAGUACUCCGUCUACUAUGGGCUACACAUCAACAUGGAUAUCUUCUCUCUCCCAAAUUCGUGGCGCUGUCCCAACUUCCUUACCACAAGGACUCCCACUCCCUUCAUUUCCUGGGCCAUUAUCAUCAUAUGGAAUGCCCCAUGUUUGUCAGUAUAAUGCUGUAGGGGCCACGGGGUAUCCAGUACAGUGGGUAGGAAUUUCGGGAACAGCACAGCAGUCUGUAGUGGUUCCUGCCCAAUCUGGGGGACUCUUCCAGCCCGGGAUGAAUUUGCAGGCAUUUCCAGCUUCACCAAUGCAGAAUCCGGCAUCAAUCCCUCCUGGUCCUAAGUGAAUCCAAAUAGAUGCUGAAACAAGGGGAGAGGACUUUCAUCAAAUACCUGUGAUACUAAACUUUCUUCUUGAGUUCUGCCAUAUUUUCUCUCAUUUGAGCCCACUUUCAACUGUGUUUUUUGUUGUUCCAAUACGAUAUUUGGUACAUCUCAUCAUUCUGUAGUAAUGUGCGCUUUGCACAUAGAAUACUGCACACAGAAAUGUUUUUCACUUCAAAUCCUAUCCUCUUUGAUACUUGAUUUUUAAAAAAUACUGUUCAGAAUGCUUUAAUAAGCUCGGUUUGAGUGUUACCAUUUCCAGGACACUUUCAUGUGUUGCUGAGAAGCUCUCACCCCACUUUUUUAUGCUGCUACCAGCAGUUGUAUAAUACUUUUCUUUAAAGUGUGUAAAAACUAUGUAGAUUGGUUCUCCCCAAAUGUGGAUGAGGUAAGACUCUCCAAUCGCCAGUCUUGUGGGAUUUGUCACAACUGUCUUGGGUUUACUCUUCACAGAAGGCAGUAAGUAACUGGCUGCAGGAAAUGUUUUGAUGUAUAACUUUAGUAUACUUUUGUCAAGCAGUCCAGAACAUGAGUUUUUAAUGUGAUUUUCUUCCCGUCAUCACAGCAGUAGGAGUGAGGGGUUGUUUUAGGUGAGGCGGAGGGAAAGAAAAAAACAGAACUGUAACAGUUCCUUGAACCUACAGCUACUAGAGCUGCUUUUGGGUUCCGGUAAUAACCCAAAGCAGCCAUUUUUUCUCAUGUGCACACUGCUUUGGUUUUGAGCAUCUGAGAGGCACUGACUUGGCUUGCAUUCUUUUGCUAGGUAUUGCAGCUGAUGUGAAUCUCAUUUGGGGUAAUCCUUGUAAUCCUAAACAAGGAGAUUCAGGUUAACACUUCUGUCAAUCCAUUCUUCUAAAGUGAAAUGUACUUGACACAUUAGGGUUUGUAGCUUUUGAGACUUUUACAUAAAACACUGGCUUUACAGGGUUCUAAGAAAUGGAGGAUCCACACCAUCCUGCAGUGAAAUAGUACAACCUAGGAUGAUAUUAUUUAAAUUGCCUUUAACCUUUUUUGAUGACAGUUUUUUGGUUGUUAUAAUUUCUUACUAGUAUCUAUAGUCUUAGACCAUUUUAGAUGUUAGAUGUGUUUGUCAGCCUCUUGAAAAUUUGAGAGAAUUCACUGUCAAGUUGCACUUUACUGGGUUUUAUCCAGUUUUAGGAGGAAAGGAGGCAGUGUCAAAAUGUACGCCUUUGGUUUUUAGGAAGGUUAACUUCAGUAAUCUUAAAGAUUAGUCACAGGGUUACCUAAUAGUCAGUCUGUGAAACCCAAAUAGAAUUUUUACAUGCUAUAUUAUCAGCUACUAAGUACACAUGUUCAAGUGACUUAACAUUCACUGAAGCUUUGAAAGUCGUUUCUAAUACGUUUUUCUAUUUAAAAAUUCUCUUGGUAACCAUUCCAAAUUGUGUUCAGUGUUUCUGUUAACAGAUUUUCCUCCCUGUUCCUCUAAAAAAAAACUUACUCCCAUGGACUUGCCGGGAAGCUAGAAGAACUUUUCUUUUUAUUUCAUACAGUACACUUUGUGACAGUCGGUACACUUUUUAAGAAGUUGUCUUCUAUUACUUACCUAAAGGUCACACCCACCAUCCCAUUUUUGUCACUGGUACUGGGGGCAUUCUGUGGAUUGCUAUUGGGUGUUAAUGUAGUGCAGUUGCUUGCAUUGCAGUGUUUUCCAUGUGUACAAAACUGUGCUCCUAAAACCCAUAGUUCCUUAAAACUGGGUUUCAUUAUAAGUUGGUUUCGUAUAAUUAUAUUGAGAUAAACAACCUAUAAGGUGAAAUACUACAGGUUUUAAGAUGGGAUCUUCUCUAGUUGCAAUCAUUUUAAACCGUGUGCCCCAGAAUGAAAAAAACUCCACGGGUUACAUGUACAAUCCCAUUUACUAGUGGCUGCUCUACAUAGUAUGUUCUGUGUUUUGUUAAACAUCUCAGUUUUACAUAUAAUUCAUCAUUAUUGUUUGCCUGCAGAUGUUUGCAGUGCCUUGUAAUAUUUAGAAUCUUUUCAGGUUUUGCUGGAAAGAAAAGUCAUCUUCUAAAGUUUGAAGAUGGGGAAUAGUGUACUGCUGUCUCCAUGCUGACUGCAGUAUCUGGGUUAACAUAUAUAUUACAUAUACAUUAUGUAUAUGUAAUGUGUAGAAGUUAAAGCGUACAGAAAAAGGGAGUGUUCAGAAAUGAAGAAAACAAUGUUAUUCACUUUGCUGUGGGGUUUUCUUUACUUUUUUAUUUUUUAUUUGAUUCAGAUUAUAGUCACUUUGAUUGUAAAUAUUGGUUAGUUUUCUAGAGGGGGAUUUGUAUUAUUUCUUAAUUUUGCUAAGUUAGAAUAGUGCUGUUUCCGUCCUUGCCUGAAGUACUUUUUCUCUCCCAUAAAUAAUGAAUCAGAUAAUGCUCAGAAGUUCUCUUUAACAAAGAGCCUAGUACAUAUAACAUGCCUUCUGCUCAUUUCUAGAAGUGCAUAUAAUGGGCCUUCUGUUCAUUUCUAGAAAGCACGCAAACCUUUUCAUUUUCUUUCUUGUAAUAAACGUAAAGGUUGUGCUUAACCACUGUCUUGUGAAGUUUGCUUGGGAGGUAGUCUGUAUGUCCAGCCGCUCUGUUUACUUCUCCAAGUGCACAUCUGAUGAGCAGCAUUGUGUCUUCAUGUGCGGCAACAUAAGCACUCCACCAUGAAGCACUGCUGUUGUGUCUGUGAAGUUGGGUGUAACAUCCUAAGACUGUGAAACCAUUACUGGUGUAUUCAGUGCAGAUAAACCCUUCAUAUACCUGGAGCACUCUUGAAUCUAAAGUAAUUUGCUGUAAGUUAACAAAUAAUCCUGCAGUUUUUCAUCUCUUCCUUGCUUCAUAUCAAGCAUAUGUUCUAAUAGUUUGACAGGAAAACUUAACUGUGAAAGUUUAAAAGGCACUUCCGCUGUGAUUUUUGGGUUGAGUGUAGAGUGUUUUUCUAAAGUUAUAAUGGAAUGUUUGUCAUCUGAAGACCCCAGAUUUAAUUGCAGUCCAGUUACUUUUGUUUAUCUACCUCGUUUUUCAGUACUGUUUUAGGUGCACAAGUAAAUGUUGCCUGUGAAACUUGCUCUUUUGCUUUGAUUCUUUAUGUUGUUUAGAUUCUCAAUCUGGCUUGCCUUUUCAUCCUAGCACUCACCAUGCGUGUGAGAUGAGAGGACCCAUCAUUCUGCCACCAGUCUGUGUUUAAGUGAUGAGAGCCAUAUACCUAAGUGUUAUAAAGUUAGGGGAUUUGGGGAUGGAAAGCAAAGAGAGAAAUCAAAUUGGUGGCAAUAUAAGACUUAGUGGUGGGAGUUAGUUUUCAAAUAAACAAAUGUUGCAGAUGUAUUGAAGUGAGAUGGUCCCAGUGCCUGAGAAUGCUUUCUCAUCUCGGUUUCUAAAGGGCUAUGGGUUGAAAUUGCUUUAACUACUACAGUGAAAUACUUGACCUCCUAGACCCAUCUUCAAAAUAUUGCCUGGUAUUUACAGUGACGGUUUGUUUUCUUGAAAUGGCAGAAUGCAUUUCAUAGUUGGUAGUAAGGGUUUAGAUAGUUGUUUAUCUAAUCCCUGUAGUUUAUGGAGUUGACUCUCUUUGCUGUAUUUUCUAAGCAUUAAAAAUAAUACAUUCCCUUUUCCCCCUUUUAAAAGAACCCAGCAAAUGUUUGUAACUGGAUAUUUCCUGUUUCACAUGUUUACCAUGUAAUAGUACAUUUUUAAUACUAGUACAUGUUGUAUUUCAGUCAUCGUUUCUAAGUACAUUUCUGAGGUAUAUUUGCCAUCAAUUCAGUUACCUCAUGUUCUGUUUGAUUAAGAAAAAUCUGAGCCUUCUGAGGUGGUAUGCAAGCCAUUUUCUAGAAUAGAAUGUUUGGUUGGUUUUUUUAUCGGUAGUUUACCAGGGACUUAUUUUGCCUCCCUUUCUUUAGAAGAUGUAAUAGAAAGGUUUGUAUGUAUAGAAAAGGCUUUUGAUUUGGUAAUUAUAAUUCUAGGGUUAAAAUUUUAAAAUCUAAUCCAGAUUACAAAAUGAAAACACUCAAACAUAGUAAAAAAUUCUUCUAAGUAAAAUUAGUAUGCAGUUUAUAUGGAGCCGUACUCUCAGGCCACCCUGGAAAUAGUCUUCUUUUUGUGUGUAUGAAGGAUAAAUUCAAACAUUGAUCCAGGGAUCUUGAUGACUAAUGUAAAUGGGCCCAAAGUAGUAGCCAGGUUAAAGUUCCUUUCCACUAAGAUGGUUGAAAGAGUGUACACAUCAACAGCUCAGAUUCUGGAAGGUUUUCUCUGAAGUAAAACAAUGCAGACUGUUACAAAGCCAGAAGUCAGGCAAGAGGGCAAGGGAAGGACUAAGCUCUGAAGGGACAAUGCUCUAAAAUGUGCACUAGUCACCCUUCUAGCUUUUUUACAUUGUAUUUCUUUUGAUAUAAUUUCAGAUUUAAGAUUGAGAUUUGUAGCCCAGACCCCUCAGCAGAUACAGUGGAUAUAGUGAUUGAUGAGAAAGUGCAGCUGAAGGUCUGUCAUGCUCAGUCACUUAAAACUGUAAUUUGUUUAAUACAAAUAGUAAGCAUGUAGACCUAAUGCAGCAUGGGAGCCACUCAGGAAGUUUAUGCAAUUAAACUUUCAUGCAUAUUUACCGUGAAGUAUGUAGAAUUUCAGCCAAUUCUCAACACUUAACAUUUAGUUAUAUAUGUGAACUCUCCUUUCUUAAUUUGGGAAUGUAGCAUUAUAUAGAAUGCUGUUCAGUUUAAUUUUAGCCCUUUUUAACAUUACCUUUUCUUCUUUUCCUUUUUUUUUUUUUUUGGUAAGCCAAGUGAUCUACCCUUCAUCAGUUGUCUGGUUUUGAUUCUUCGAAACUGUGAUUUUUAUUUUAAUUUUUACCCAACUGUUGUUAAGUAUUUUGUUUCCUGGAAUUUUGUUUGAAACAAAAAUAAAGGCUGUGUUAAAUUACUAUGUCACCUUAUUAAA